AUGGAGAAAUCUUUCACUCCGACGACCAAAAAGGUUAGCACCAUACACAUACCUGAUGAUGUUGAAUUUUCAAUUCUCUCAAAAAUCUCUCUAAAAUCUUUGAAACGAUUUGAAUGUGUAUCUAAAUCAUGGUCAAUGUUACUCAAAAACCCUUAUUUCAUGAAAAUGUAUCAAAAUCGUAUCAUACAUAGAAAUCAUUCUGAUCAUGAUGAUGAUGACACUGCAUCUCUCGUCUUACGGCAAAUGGUGCCUUUACCUGAUGAUUACACCAAAGCGGAAACUUUUUUGUAUUUUGUUUCUAAUGAAAGGUUUGAGAAUAAAGUUAUAUUCAAUGCAUCACUUCCAACUAAAGAGUUAGGGAAAAAUCUUAUUAUUGUUGGUUCCGUUAGUAUUAAUGGCAUUCUUUGUGUCACCAGUGAGGAUGUUAAAGAGAGAAAAGUUGUAUUGUGGAACCCUGCUACCGACGAAUUGAAGGUCGUUCCUCCUAGCCCUGUUGAGUCUGUGACCCGUUAUAGGUAUUGUAAACCACAGAUUCAUGGAUUUGGUUAUGACUAUGUUAGGGAUGAUUAUAAGUUGAUUCGAUAUGUACGGUUUAAAACUAAAGAUCUUGUUUAUGAAGAUUAUACAAUUCCGGCGGAUACGGUGCCUACUGACCCGGUAUGGGAGAUAUAUAGUUUAAGUAGCAACUCUUGGAGGACACUUAAUAUGGAAAUGCCUAUGUUGAAGGUCCCUGCUACUGAUGUAGAAAUUGUCCGAUUUUAUUUGGACGGAAUGUGUCACUGGUGGACUCAAGGAGAAUCGCAUCGUGAAUGCUGUUAUAAUGCGUAUUUGGUGUCGUUUGAUGUGAUUAAUGAGGUGUUUUUUAAAACACCCAUGCCCUCUGACCUGCAUAAUGAAUUUCUUGAUUAUGUGGUGCAGUGUCAAUUGGUGACGUUAAAUGGGUACAUUGCUUUGAUCCAAUAUUACGGGCAGUCAACUUCUUUUUACAUAUCACUUUUGGGUGAACUCGGUGUGGAGGAAUCAUGGACUGAGCUAUUUUAUGUUAGGCUCUCGGACUCGUGUAAUGUUAACCGUCCCAUUGGAGUGGGGAGGAAAGGCAACAUAUAUUUUAUGAAAUAUGAUUACGAUUCCGAACUAGAUAGCGAACUAGAAUCUUCUUAUCUAUAUAGCGAACUGGUCUGCUUUGAUUUGGAUACCCAGAGGAUUGAUGAGCUUGGUGUCAAAGCAUUUUUAUGUCAGAUGGCAAUUUAUAAGAAAAGCCUUCUUUCAAUUUGA